AUGGCAGCUGCAUUUGCCAUAUUACUUAUGAUGGAGGAGGAGCAGCAACACAGUUUAAAGCGGCGAAUAUUACGAGAUAAGAGCAACCCUCUCGAGCUGCCGGAGCCAACAUUUAUUGCUCAAUAUCGCUUAAACAAAGAAGCUUUUGUUAUGGUAUUGGAAAAAAUUCAGCCACACUUACGUACAUCGACGAUUCCCGCAGUGCUUCAACUUGCUGCAACGCUUCGUUUUGUGGCCGAAGGCCCAUAUCAGCGAUCAGUGGGAAAUGAUGCAAACAUAAGUAUGGCAAGAAGCACUAUAUCUGAAGUGCUAACACGUGUGAUAAAAACAUUAGAACAUUCUAUAUGUCAUCAAUGGAUACAACUUGCAAUGGUUGCCAGUGAAAAACAACACUCCAAAGACUAUUUUUAUAACAAAUAUAGAACUCCUGGCAUCAUUGGCUGCAUCGAUGGAACACAUAUUAAAGUUAUAAAGCCUUCCACUGAUGAACACCUCUACUUUAAUAGAAAAGGAUUCUUCAGUAUGAACGCUAUGAUUGUUUGCGACAGUAAUAUGACGAUUCGUGCAGUAGAUGCAAGGUAUCCUGGAUCCAGUCAUGAUGCGUUUGUUUGGAGCAUGAGCACCGUUCGACAGCACUUCCUUAGGGAGUACGAAAUUGUCGAUCGAACUUCUAGGUUACUAGGAGACAGUGGAUAUGGUAUUGAACCGUUCUUGUUAACUCCAUACAGAGAUCCUGAGUACGGCUCACUGCAAAAUACUUUUAACAGGGCUCAUUCUUCGGCACGCAAUGUGAUUGAAAGAACGAUAGGCCUUUUAAACAGUCGCUUUCGAUGCUUACAAGGUACAUUGCAAUAUAACCCACAAAAGGUGGUUAAAAUUGUCAAUGUUUGUUGCGCACUGCACAACAUCUGUCGGUGCUAUAACAUUGAAUGCCCCAAUGUAGAAACUAUCACCGUUUCCACAGUAGUUUAUGAGGAAAAUUCUGAAAUUUUAUCACAUGGUAGAGUGCAAAAUGAGGGCCAACGGAUCCGAAACGAAAUAGCAAACGCUCUUUAA